AUGAAACUCAACCAAACCACAUUCAGUGAGUUCAUACUUCUUGGCUUCACUGAUAUUCGGAAAAUAGAGCUCUUGUUAUUCAGCAUCCUCCUCUUUUCCUACCUUCUGACGAUCACUGGGAAUGCUGCGAUUAUCAUCAUUACUCUUCUAGAUCUCCGGCUACAAACCCCAAUGUAUUUCUUCCUUCGGAAUUUCUCUUUCUUGGAAAUCGGUUUCACCACCACUGUCAUCCCCCAAGCCUUGGUCCACCUGGCAACAGGCAGUAAAAAGAUUUCCUAUCUUGGGUGCAUAAUACAGUUCUUCUUGUACUUCCAACUUGGCACCACAGAGUUCUUCCUCUUAGCUGUCAUGUCAUUUGAUCGCUACGUAGCCAUCUGCAACCCCUUGCGCUAUCCAGCCAUCAUGAAUAAUCACGUCUGCAUCUCCCUGGUUCUAUGUUCUUGGCUUGGUGGUUUUCUCAUCAUUAUUGUUCCAGUAGCACUUUUCCUACAGUUUCCAAUGUGUGACUCAAAUAUUCUCGACCAUUUCUUCUGUGACAAUACACCACUGAACAAACUUAUCUGUGGUGACACAAGGCUGCUAGGAUUUAUAGAAUUUAUUACCGCUGUGCUUUCACUCUUGGGCAGCUUGACCAUUAAUGUGGUAUCCUAUAUCUAUAUCAUCAAAACCAUUGUACGAAUCCCUUCUGCUACAGGGAGGCAGAAGGCCUUCUCCACUUGUGCCUCUCACUUCAUUGUGGUGUCCAUCACCUAUGGGAGCUGCAUCUUCUUAUACAUCAAGCCAGCUCAGGACAGCAAACUGGACCCUGGCAAAGUGGUGGCCAUCCUCAACACGGUUGUGUCUCCUUUGCUCAACCCCUUCAUAUACAGCCUGAGAAACCAGCAGGUUCAGGAGGCCUUGAGGGAUCUCUUUAGGAAGGGCGUUGCAAAACUGAGGGGUCACAACUGA